AACUAGUAAACAUUGCACAAACACAUAUUUCGCAAAAUAAACUUUUUCUAAUGUUUUUAGUUAACUAUAGUAGUACUUCCGAAUCAGAAGCUGAGGAGGGUGAGAAAGAAGUGGAUAACCAUCAUAUAGAAACAAAAAAGUUAAUACUUCCCAAAGCCACAACCUUACUUGGGAAACGAAAGUUGCCUGAUGAGGAUGUAGUUACAGAUGAUCCAUCCAAACACCAAGGACGUAUACGAAGUUUCAAACACGAACGCGGCAACUGGGCUACAUACGUUUUUGUUGCAACGCCUAAAACACUACUGGAAGAUUUACAAGAAUUAUGCCUCAGACAAUUGGAUAGUAAAUGUGAUUUUAAAAUUUGCCCUGAUCUCCACAUAAGUUUAAGUCGAACUGUUGUGUUACAAUAUCAUUUUAUAGAAUCAUUUAUAAAAACUUUGGAGGAGGAGUUUACAGCAACUGCAAGAUUUACCAUAUCGCUAAGUAGUUUAAAAGCCUAUACAAAUGCCGAACGUACACGUACUUUUUUGGCCAUUCGUGUAGAUGACAUACAUUUAGAGAAAAUGCUGGAGAUUUUAAAGAAAGUUGAUCGUGUUAUGUUGAACUUUAAACUAGCCAAAUUUUAUGAGGAUCCUUCUUUCCAUAUUAGUAUACUAUGGUGCCUUGGAGACUAUGUCGAUGAAAUAACUAAACAAUUGCCUGAUAUUGUUGAAAGUAUAAAGGAUUUGCUACCUGUAGAGUUAAAAAUUGAUAGACUUUAUUGUAAAAGUGGAUUUAAGGAAUACAAUUUUGAACUGAAAUAAGAUGAUUAUGAAGACUUUAUGUGCAUAUUUUACUUCGUAAGUUAAGUCUUUAUAAAAUAUUCUUGCAAACAUAUAGGAGGAGGGAAAUAAUGCAUUUCAAACUUUCUUUUUUCCAUUGCCUUGUUUGGCUGCCAGAGCUUGCUCCUCUAAACGUGCCUCUUCUUCAAUUUCCAAUAGCUUUUGCCGACGUCUUCCCAAUGGUGUCUUAGUCCACCACGAUUCAUAGGCUUCCUCCUCUUCACGAUAGACCGGAUCUCGGGUGC